UCCGGGUUCGUCCAUGGCCCCGACCCUUGUUUGAAACGUCACAGCGCCAAACUUUGUGUUCCUCACGGGAAGAUGAAGAGUGAUUCAGAGGAGCCACAAUGGAAGAAAAUACAUUCUGUAGCAGGAGUAGUUCCUCGGAGCAGACACGGACACCGGGCAGCUGCGAUCCGAGAGCUGAUGAUUGUGUUUGGUGGAGGAAAUGAAGGAAUAUCAGAACACCUCCAUGUUUACAACACUGUGUCCAAGCAGUGGUUCCUGCCUGCAGUGUGGGGUGACAUCCCGCCUGGCUGUGCUGCCCAUGGCUUCGUCUCUGAAGGCACCAGGAUACUGGUUUUUGGGGGCAUGGUUGAGUUUGGGAAGUACACAAACAGCCUCUACGAGCUUCAGGCUAGUCGCUGGCUGUGGAAGAAGUUGAAGCCCAGAGCACCAAAGAAUGGCCCGCCUCCCUGUCCUCGGAUUGGUCACAGUUUCACGCUUGUGGGAAACAAAUGCUACCUGUUUGGAGGGCUGGUCAAUGACAGUGAAGACCCCAACGGCAAUGUACCAAGAUACAUGGAUGACUUGUAUGAGCUGGAACUGCAGUCAGUUUCGGGGGCACGGGGGUGGAGCAUCCCAGAGACGAAGGGGGGUGGUCCUUCAGCUCGGGAGUCUCACACUUCGGUCGCCUACACUGGUCCAGGCUCUCCGAAGCUCUACAUCUUUGGAGGGAUGCAAGGGUCCCGGUUGGAUGACCUCUGGCAGCUCGACCUUGACACCAUGGUUUGGUCCAUGCCUGAAACCAGAGGUUCAAAGCCACUUCCCAGAAGCCUUCACUCUGCAAAUGUCAUUGGGAACAAGAUGUACGUUUUUGGUGGAUGGAUUCCCGUUCCAGAGUCUGAAAAACACAACCCUUCAGGAAAAGAAUGGAUCUGCACAAACUCUUUAAGUGUGCUGAACUUAGACACGAUGAGCUGGCAGGACCUGGGCCCGGAGCAGCAGGACGAUAUCGAGUCCCAGCUCCAAAGCCAGGGACCCCUGAGUGAUGAUCCAUAUGCCUGUGGGCCUGGAGCCAGAGCGGGCCACUGUGCUGCCACUGUCGGGUCCAGGCUUUAUAUUUGGAGUGGCCGGGAUGGAUACCGUAAGAGCUGGAACUACCAGGUCUGCUGCAAGGACCUAUGGUACCUGGAGACCGACCGACCUGCCACCCCAGAAGCCGUGUUACUCAUCAAAUCCACAGUCAGCAUGCUUCAUGUAGCUUGGCGCCCCCUGGCAGCGGCAGACUGCUACAUCCUUCAGAUCCAGUCUGUGCGUCCUCCCAGCACUACCACCAGUGAAGCUAUAGCCAAACCAGCAGAUCGAACUAGAGCAGAUGGACAGCAGGGGAAGGAGAAGGACUCUGCUGGUGUCCAGUCCCAAACACAAACUGAUGGAAUCACUAAUAAAGAAGCAAAAACAUCAGCACAGGUUGCUUCAGCCCAGCAGGAAACUACAGACAAAUCCUCCAAUGGAACUGCAGAGAGCAGAGCAGAAGGAGGGAGGAGUACUGAGACAAAGGAGGACAGUGCUGGACAGCAGACAUCUAAAGCAGAAGUCAGCAGCUCAACUCAACAGCAGACAGAGAAGCAGACGGAUUCAAUCGACAAUACAACAGAGAUGUACACCCACGCUGAUCAGAAGAAUCCAGAGGAAUCCGUCUGGUUUGAUGUCGGUGUCUUCAAAACACUCUUCUCAGAGGUCCAUCAUUACUUUCUACCUGCUGAGAGUGAGCAAGUGACUGCUGCCCUCAGCAGCCGGAUCCCAAAUCCCAAAGAGAAGAAGCUGCCCGGGCCUCAGGACUACGAUAGCAGAGAGAAGCGGGACCUGAGUCCGGGUCAAACCUACAGGUUCAGAGUUGCCGGGAUCAACUGCUUUGGACAGGGAGACUUCAGUCCAGUCAGUGAGUUCAAAACCUGCCAGCCUGGCUUCCCUGGAGCGCCCUCUGCUGUCAGAAUAACCAAGGGCAACGAUUCAGUCCACAUCACGUGGGAGGCUCCCUCCUCUCCAUCGGGACGGAUUCUUGAGUAUUCCAUGUACAUGGCGGUGAAGAAGAGCCGCUCUAGCAGCUCAGAGCGUCCUGGUCAGAUGGCCUUCAUCAGGAUCUACCGCGGCACCAAGAUGUCCUGCUCGGUCAGCUCCUCCCACCUGGACAACGCCCACAUCGACUGCUCUGCUUCCAACCGGCCAGCUGUUGUUUUCCGCAUAGCUGCCAAGAAUGAGCAGGGCUAUGGCCCAGCGACGCAGAUCCGCUGGAUUCAAGAUCCCAGUAAAAUAAAAGCAUCGGCAUCCAAAGCAGACAAAGAUGAAGCUGAGCAGGAUGCUGCUGACAGCUCCAGUUGAAACUGUCUGGACCAGUGACAGCACGUUUUGGAGAAGACUAUAUGUGCACUCAGGAAGUUGGCAUUGAACACCACUCAGAUAUUGUAUAUUUCCUUGAUAGUUUUGUUAAUUUAUUUUUUUUAUGUAUUUAAUUAUCCACUUGUAAAUAGUUAAUUUGCAUAGAACCAUAACCACUUAAAUGAGCUAAUGCUUUUUUUAAAGUAAUCUUAUGUAAUAAGAUGUAGAUGAAACUACAAGUGCGAUUUAAAACCUGUCAAAAGGUGGAGGUGCCUUAGAGCUUUCAUGGAGUUCGUUGUGGUUUUAAAGAAAUGCAGACUGUGAAAUGAGCCCACAGUCAGGGACCAUCAGAGGGGACAUCUAACUUUUAUUUGAACUACUUUCACACUGAGAUUAUGAAAUACAGGUGUAUCCCAAUCUCUAAAGUGGACUUUUGUUUUAUAACCAGCUCAUUGCUGUCAUCCUUGUUUAGUUGAAGAAGUUUGUUUAUGUACCAAGCCUUAUGUGACUUCACACAUUGUCAGUAUUAUUAACAUUGCUCGUUUCAUGUUUGUUCGUGUUGCUUUUCCUUUGUUGUCAUUUUAUCACAAGAUUGUUGACAUUGUUAACAAAUUUAAGUUAAAGAAAAUCAGAUGUAAUUUAAAGGAAAGGAAUCUAAAUUGUUACAUAUACUACAUGGAAACAUCUGCAUGUUAAGUUUAUUUUUGGUUCUGGUUUAUCCAUUAAAAGAGCAAGAAGUUGAAUCAUCAUCUUUAUUCUUCUCCAUCAUUUCAUCUGGACUCAGAUUAUUAUUGUAGUGUUCAACUCACUGCAGCAUUUUCACCAUUCUCUUUCUUCAUUUUACUCUUUUCCAUGGGAUAAGGUUUAGGUAAGGGUCUGAUGUUUGUUCUGAGUUAUGUGGAAAGGUUCUAAAGGAUUUUAGGCCAAAAUCACUGAAAAGUACAGAUAUGACCAUAUAAUAAAGGUAUUUAUAGCAUUUAUGGUUGAGCAAUUAUGUUAGGGAUCAAGCCUUCAACUACAUUUUGUACACUUUUUGGAUGUGCUUCUCCUCUUGUCUGUCUAUGAAACAAGUUGAAAUUUGGCGCUCCCUUUGAAACAAGAAACAAACGGACCCUGCAAUCCAUGAGUAGUGAACUGUACAGUGUAACAAGACUAAUGUGUGCAGAGGUCACUGCAGAAAGUUAAAAGGGUAUAAUGUGUUGAACUCAACAAGCAACAUGCACUUAAAAUUCUUCAAAUCUCUACAGGGAAAAUGUUUCAUGAUAGAAAUUCAAAGAGGCAAAUUAGGAACAUAGGAAGGAGAAAAUUGUUUUCAGGCUCUGGAUGCUUUUUACAUAUCCAUGUGACACAAUUGAGCACGGAUGAUAGAAAAGAAAAUAAUUGGAUAUUGGAUAUCGUUGCAGACAUGGCAGAAUCGUGCAGUGGGUGGCGGUAGACACAAUGGUGUUGUUUGCGAUCUGCGAAUAUAAGGAAAAGAAGCAGAAUCUCCCAUGAUGCCACAGUUUGUAGUCCACAAGUCAACUGGCUAGCUCUUGCUAGCAACGCUAGUAGUUAAAGAGAAACUAAGGCGUCCAAGAUCAACAAGACGUGAGUGGCUGCAAAGUUUAGUGAAGAAAAUCAUCAUCUAAUCAUCAUUCAUCAAUACGGCGCUGGAGUGCAGUGUGUGACCCGACACUGAAGUAUGAGCAGGGUAGCACCAAAUAUAGCCGAAUUAUGAAGCUACUCUCAGUUUUCCCAACGAUAACCAAACAGAAGCUGCUAACGUUAGCUUGUACUUAGUUGUGAAGCUUCUAAGUCCCUCUGUUUGAUGUCUUAGUAAAGAAUAGGUGUAUCUGAGCAUAUUUAGACAACUUGCCCGCAGUAUCAUUAAAGUUGCAUUUUUAAACUCCUUUUCACUGACUUUACAAGGAAAAUAGCGAGUGUCCGAUAACGGGCGCAGUAGAACGGCUAACCAGAAGUUAGCUUGAGAAUUAGCAUAUUAGUUCACGGGGCACGGGGCGCGAUAUUUGAAAACAACUGGGUGCUUUAGACAGUUUGGGACUUCAGUAAGCAGUGCUAAUGUAGAAACACGACCAACCUAAUGUUAAUACUGUUAUUAGGACUCUUUAACACGUCUGUUGACCGUUAGCAGCAGACUUAGCAUAUCAGCAGUCUGGGUUAUUAUGGACGCGGCUGUGUUGUGUUUAGAUGUCAACAGACCUCACUCAGCAGUCUUUGACAUUAAUCUAUACAUCUGUUUUAUAAUGUGUGUCUUUUAACAAUGUAAACUGUGAUAAUAUGUAUAAUUGUAUGAUGGUUUAAUCCUGAUUGAGUGACACUGAUUUAAAUAGCCACAGAUAGUUGAGAGGCUCGAUGUUGAGUAGCCAAAGUGAUUAGUUGCAGCAAUCACAGACCACACAGUGAGGCAGAGGAGUUAAAUAAUCACUUGAGAUUGACUCGAGUCCUGUCCUGCCUGUAUAGUGGUUGUGAUUUGUGAGUAGUGGCUGUGGGACUCCCCUUAAAGCCACCAUGGUAACUAACUGACAACAAAGUCAGCUCCAGCUUCUCCUCCUUUUUAAAGGGAGGGCACCGGCAGUUUCUCUCACUGUUAAAAGACAGCAGGACAGCCAACACACCUGUUUCACAGACACAGACAUAUCAGCUCAUUUGCGUAUUUCUAAAUCUUUUCCUGUCUCAAGAUCUUUCCUGCAGAGGUGAGAUGACUUCCUCAGCCCUCGGCCAGUCAGUCCCUCUAGCCUCAAACCUGGAGCCUGGGAUGGGGAGGUCUGCUGCCAUGCUGGGGUUGUCUGCUGGACUCGGGGGAGCAGAGCUAGAGCUGCAGAAGAUGCUGAUCGAUGAGAGGAUGAAGUGUGAACACCACCGGACCAAUUACCAGACACUGAAGGCUGAACACACAAGUUUGCAGGAUGAGUUCACACGGGCGCAGGGUGACCUGAAGCGCAUGCUGAGUGACAAGCAGGUUCAGCAGGAGCAACUGCAGCUGCUGUUGGCUGAGCUGCGAGGAGAUCUGCUGGACAAAACCAGAGAGCUGGAGGAGCUUCGCUUGCAGGUGAUGACCCCUCAGCGGCUGGAGCUGCUCAGAGCUCAGGUGCAGCAGGAGAUGGAGGUUCCGGUCAGAGAGAGAUUCAGUAAACUGGAGGAGGAGGCAGAGAAGUACAGGUCUGAGUACAACAAGCUGCGGUAUGAUUUCACCUUUCUCAAGUCGCAGUUUGAGCACCAGAGAGAGGAACACUCUCGAGUCCUGGAGGAGCGGAAGAUGUGCUAUGAAACAGAGAUCUCUCGUCUGGAGAAGGACAGGGAGGACUUGAUGGCUCAGUACCAGAGCUCAGACCCGAUGCGUGAUGGGAAAAGAGUUGAGGCUCUGCUGAGAGAGAAGGCUCAGCUCCACGUGCGGCUGAAGAGCCUGGAAGCGGAGGUGUCCGAGCUCCAUGCACAGAAAGAAAACUCGGGGCAACAGGCCGAGAGCGUCCAGCGCAUUCAGAUCAGACAACUGUCAGAGUCUCAGGCGGUGGUGAAGUCUCUGGAGGCGGAGCGUCAGUCGUUGCGUCUGAAGUUAGAGCGGAUGGAGAGCGAGCUCAAUCAAACCAACGAGCAGAACAGCCAGCUCACAAGCCGCCUGCACAAAGCUGAGAGAGAGGUGAACUCCCUCAACAGCCAGGUGGAGAGUCUGAAGCAUUCUCAUAAACUGGAGGUGGCAAACAUCAAACUGGAGUGUACCCGCUCGAAAGGGGAGUUGGAGAGGGAAAGCGACAAACUGCAGGGACAGAUUGAUGGUCUGCAAACAGAUGUGGAGUUGUUAAAUGCUGCGGUGGAGCAACACAAGGAACUCCUGGUGGAGAAGGAGAGAGAGAUCGUCCGGAAGGUGCAGUCUGCCCGUGAGGAGGAGUUCUGCAAAACAGCAAUCCUGCAUGAGGAGAAGCUGGAGUUGGAGAAUCGUCUCGCUGCUCUUGAACAGCAAAGAGCGCUGAAAGACGUUGCAGGAGACGCUCAGAAGGAGGAGUGGGAGCAGCUUCUUCGUAGCGCCAAACAAGGAGAGGAGUCGGCUCGCAGGGAGCUGCAAAACCUCCGAAUUAAACUACAACAGCAAAGCUCACAGCUGGACGAGCUGGAGAGACAAAAAGCAGAAGUUUCUGACCUACAGAAGCAGAAUCAGGAGCUCGGCGUCCAACUGGGUACGCUGUCCCAUUCUGAGAGUGACCUGAUGGAGACAAACCAGAGACUGAGAGAAACCCUGGAGAGAGCGAGGGAGGAGCUGAGGUCAACCCGAGGACAAGCUGAGAAGAGCCAACACGAGGCGGAGAGGAUGGUGGAGGACCGACGGGUGGAGUGGCUGGAGGAGAAACACAAGCUACAGGAGCAAGAGGCUGAGCUGCAGCAGAAAUACUCUCAGGUCAAAGAGAAGCUGCAGAGGGCGGCCGCCGCACAGAAGAAGAGGAAAACGCUGACAGAGAACAAAGAGAAGAAGCUAAAGGAUAAGGUCCAGCUGCUGGAGGCUAAGAUAGAGGAGCUGGAGCUGGAAGCUGCUGCAGCGAAGAAACGUUCGUCAUUCUCAGAGGAGCAAGCUCAGCUCAGCAGACGAUUAAAGGAGCUGCAGCGACGACACAACGAGUUUCGGCGCCUCCUCAUGGGCGGCCAAGGAUCCUACAACGCCGGGCCCUCCUUCCUCACCUCCUCACCCACUCCGUUCCUCCUCCUCGGGUCUGAGGGACCAUUAUCAAAUAUACCAGAGGAGCAGCAACAGAAGGAGCUGUCUCUGCUCCGUCGGAGGCUGGAGGACCUGGAGAGCGCUCAGCAGCAGCAGCUGGAGGAGCUGGGAUCUCUGGUGCAGAGAGACCGGGACCACACUCCCCAGCCUGACCUUUGACCUCCCCACCCUGACACUACUGUCGCAUAUAGGACUUGCAUUUUAUAGUUGGUGUUCAUUGGUUUAGUUUUUCACAUCAAGGCCAACAAAAGCACUGCAGCUUUUUUAUAGACUGUUUACUGAUGCAUUUCCACAAACUCUGAUGUUUUGAUGUAGUAAUAUGAAAUGAGACAGCACCUUUGUCAAAAAGGUACGAGCUCCUCAGGGUUGAUUAUGCAUUGAGAUGUUUUUGUUUACACGUUUUCUUCAAACACUCAGGAAGAAAAAUAAACAUCUGAGUUGAUACAAAUUGCACAAUGUUGAUAAAAUCUUUUGUUGUAAUAGAAUUGUAUUGCAAAAAGAAUAUGUACAGAUAAAUCUUUUCACUGUG